UAUCAUCGUUAACAAAUGUAAUUUUUUCUCAGUGGUGAUAAUAAAUUAUGAUAUCACGACAAAUAAACAUGGCGCUUAUUUGAUACUGGAGUCUUUAGUUGGAAUGAGCCGCAAUUGUUGUCUCAAUUCGUAUCAAAUUAGCAAUUUUAUUUUUUGAAUUUAUUCAUAUAUCAUUUAAUUAUAUCCAUAUUAUUUACGAUACAGUGAAUGUAUCGUUUUUAUUUCGAAUCAUUUUCACGAGGAAACACUUGAUAAACCUGAACGUCAUACAUGUCAAAAUGGCCCGGGAAUAUGAUCAUUUAUUUAAGCUUCUAAUAAUAGGAGAUAGUGGUGUAGGUAAAAGUUCACUACUAUUACGAUUUGCUGACAAUACUUUUAAUGGCAGUUAUAUAACAACAAUAGGAGUGGAUUUUAAAAUUCAAACUGUGGACGUAGAUGGUGAGAGAGUAAAACUCCAAAUUUGGGAUACAGCUGGACAAGAACGUUUUCGGACAAUAACUUCAACUUACUACAGGGGAACACAUGGUGUUAUAGUUGUGUAUGAUGUGACCAGUGGUGAUUCUUUUGCUAAUGUUAAAAGAUGGUUACAUGAAAUCGAACAAAAUUGUGAUGUGGUCAACAGGGUACUUGUAGGAAAUAAGAAUGAUGCACCUAAUGAAAAGGUGGUAUUAACAGAAGAUGCACAAAGAUUUGCAAAUCAAAUGGGAAUUCAGUUAUUUGAAACUUCUGCUAAAGACAAUGUUAAUGUGCAAGAAAUGUUUAUGGCUAUAACACGACAAGUAUUAAGAACCAAAAAAGAAAGGAAGGAACGACAAGCUAUACAAACCAGUGAAACAGUCAAUUUAAGGAAAAGCACAAAACAACAUAAAAAGAAGUGUUGUUAACAGCAUUGUAUAAGCAUGCAAUCUGUUGAUAUCAUUUAAUCACAUAACAC